AUUCUAGAAAGAAAGACGACCAAAUUACUAGUCGCAACGCAACGCAACCAAACGGGGGGAGGUGGUUAACGCGGCCUAACGGUGGUGGACGGCGGUCUAUGAUCUCAAUUCCCCAGGGGCUUCGGUUUGGACGGUAGAGAUGUUUCUAGGAAACAAAGAUAGAUAAAUAAAAAGAUAGAUUAUAUAUAAUCCCCUCCCCUUCUUUUCCUCCUCCUCCUUUUCUCCUUUGUUCUUUGUUUGGGGAGGCAUAGGCAAUGGAUAACAUCGAUGAUGAAUACAAACACUACUGGGAGACCACCAUGUUCCUCCAGACCGAGGAAUUCGACAGCGGCUGGGCCCUGGACGAGCCCUUCUCUGGCGGCUACUACGAUUCCAGCUCCCCCGACGCCGGCCACUCCUCCUCCUCCGCCGCCUCCAAGAACAUUGUCUCCGAGCGCAACCGCCGCCGCAAGCUCAACGAGCGCCUCUUCGCCCUCCGAGCCGUCGUCCCCAACAUCAGCAAGAUGGACAAGGCCUCCAUCAUCAAAGACGCCAUUGACUACAUCCAGGAGCUACACGAGCAAGAGAAGACGCUUCAGGCGGAGAUCGGGGAACUCGAAUCCGGCAAAUCGACGAACAACAACACGGGUUCUGACUUGGACGAAGACACGCCGGCCUUGUCGAGGUUGAGGAAGAGGAAAACUGGUCAGCCUCAUGAUUCCGCUGCCAGGUCGAGCUCGCCUCCCAUUCAAGAUCUCGAAUUAAGGGUGGCGUAUAUGGGAGAGAAAACGGUUGUGGUGAGCAUAACUUGCAGCAAAAGAACAGAUACAAUGGUGAAGCUUUGUAAGGCUUUCGAAUCAUUGAAGCUCAAAAUCAUUACAGCCAACAUCACUGCUUUCUCUGGGAGGCUUUUGAAGACUGUUUUUGUCCAGGCUGAUGAGGAGGAGAAAGAUGAACUGAGGACGAAGAUUGAAAGUGCCAUAACGGCUCUCAGUGAUCCAGGAAGCCCUAUGAGCUUUUGAAGACUCAUUUGUUUGUGGCCACAAGAAUUAUUAGUUCUGUAUUUUGUCGGGGCUGUAAUUUGGUUCUAUUUUACUUUUUCCUUUCUUAUACUUUUCUCUCCCGAUAAAAUUCCAAUAAAUGAAAUGGCUGCGUAAGAAUUGGGGAAAAA